AUUCCAUCCUCGAAAGGUAGCAACGACAUGGGUCUAUGAUUGAUUUUUUCUAUAUGGAUGUCACAGAAUAUCAACAAAACAAAACAAAAAAAUCUUUUCGAACUUUACUUCGUACCUACCUGGCUUCUGAACGCCUUUAGUGUCCAUGAUUCACUAACAGCAAUGUGGUUCUCAUGAACGCAACAUGUCAGGAAAAACAGAAGAAGAGAAUUCCAUCCAAACUCGUAUUUUGGUAAAAUUCAUUGGAUUUAGUAUUGCCUUAUUCGCAUUACCUUUACUGACUUAUUAUUGGACUCUAAAGCACUGGUUUUCUGGCUACAAUACUCUGUAUGCAGGAAUAGCAGCUGUUGUCGUUGUGAAUGUUGUUUUAGCUUUCUAUAUUGCUGUUGCAUUUUUGGAAAAGGAUGAUACUUCUCCAAAACCUGCGAAAAAACAGCAAUAAUUGUUAAUGCCAACUUGAGCUGCUGCUAGCAUCAGUCAGUUCAACUUUAUUUAAAAGGAUCGUAGGAAUAUAAUUCACAUUCAAAGAGGAAGAAAAGAAACUUACACAAGCUCCUCUACUGUUUCUGUUUCCAUGACCAUAGAAGGAAUAAACUUUUGAGAGAAGGAAAACUCAAGGAAUAGUUGGAUGGUGCGUAAUGUAUUUUGUAAGGACUAGAUUCAUCUACGCUUUUUCGUAUUAAUGAUUUCUGCCAGAAAAAGCACUAGUCAUUUCAGCAGUUCGUCUUACAAUAAAUCCAAGAAUUUCACUUUUGCAUGUUAGACGAUCUCUAUAAAUUUUACGACGGUA